AUGCAGUCAUGGGACAGCCCUUCGUACCUGAGGAACAUGCAUGAGUUGACUGGCAAGGCUUUGUUCAUGUCCAGGGACCUUUGUCCUUAUCUGCCUCCUCAUCAGGUCUACGUCUUCUUGGACUCACUAGCUCCCACCCAGAGAGUCUCAGAGGCCCACGAGAGAGUGGAAGAGGCCAUGAUGAGAGAAAGUAAUGACCUGGAUUCAGGGAACAAGUGGAUGCUGGGUGAUCGGAAGGAGAUGCAGGAGCCUGUCAUCUGUGAGAAGAGGGAAGAUGAACAGUAUAAAAACCAGGUGCAGAGCGGCCUUUCGGGACUGCUGCCGCUUCUGGUCGCGGGCGUUAAGGCUUCAGGGUUACUUCGUGGAGCUGGAGCAUUGGCCGCUCAGGCCCUGAGGGCCCGCGGUGCCAAUGGGGUCUCCGCCGUGCCCUCGAUGGUAUCUGGAGGUGAUGUGCCUGCCGGCCAUGAUCAGACGACAGGGUGGGAGCGGGAGGUCAUGACGGCUGCUCGGAAAGGCCAGGAUCCAUGCAAUAUGCUUGCUCCAAAGGCAGCUGCAGGCACUAAGGAAGAUCCUGAUUUAGUUUCCUCCAUCACCAACAAGCGAAUAGUAGGCUGCAUCUGUGAAGAAGACAACAGCGCUGUGAUCUGGUUUUGGCUACACAAAGGUGAUGCACAGCGAUGCUCUAAUUGUGGGACCCAUUACGAGCUGGUGACCCCCCCAGUUAGCUCGCUGAGUGAGCCCUUAAGCCCAAGCUCCCAUUGA